AUGGCCACCACCACCGAAACAACAACUACCACUCCAACCACUGGCAGCGGACCAGACUACAUUCCCCGGGGCCCAACAACCGCAGAAAUAACCUUCUACGCACCACCCCCGGACAACUCCGCCCCAUUCAACUACGUCGAAGCACCACCCACCAACCAACCCCAACGCAACUACCUCGAGCACACACACCAGGUACCCCUAACCGACAUUCGCGGUUCUGAAAAUGCCUACAAUCUAGACAAAGACGCCUUCCAAACCCUCUCAUCCGUCCCCACAAAAACAACCUACUCAACCUUCGACUCGGACACCGCCGUCCGCGAAACAUACUACCCAGAAGUCGAAUCCCUCCUCCUAACCUCCAUCCCCGGCGCAAAGAAGAUCCUCCUCUUCGACCACACUAUCCGCCGCGGCAAGCCCGACGCCCCCCGCCAACCCGUCAACCGCGCACACGUGGACCAAACGCCCCGCGCCGCAGCCGAUAGAGUCAGACUCCACGUCUCCGACCCGGAGGAGGCGGAGAAACUUCUCGCGGGACGGUAUCGCAUCGUCAACGUGUGGCGACCGCUGACAGCUGAGCCGGUCCAGUCUGCGCCAUUGGCAUUUGCGUCGGCGCAGUCUGUUGAUGGGGAGGAUCUGGUUCCAAUUCAGCAUCGGUAUCCGCAUCGGACGGGCGAGACGAUGGGGGUCAAGUUUAAUCCCCGGCAAGAGUGGAGGUAUUGGUCUGGUAUGAGUCGUGAUGAGAGAUUGUUGCUUAAGUGCUCGGAUUCGGAGGGGUUGAAGGGUGGUGACGUUGCGCAAUGGGUGCCGCAUACUGCGUUUUGGGAUCCGAGGACGCCGGAUGGGGCGAGGUUGAGGGAGAGUAUUGAGGUGCGGGCUUUGGUAUUCGGUUAA